GGAACGUCUGAUGCUGUAGCUCCACUAGUCGCUCUCUCCGCUAACAGCAGUUAUGGCGACAGUGGUUCAACCGCUCACUCUGGAGCGAGAUGUGGCAAGGGCCAUUGAGUUGCUGGAGAAGCUCCAGGAGUCUGGGGACGUCCCGGGCCACAAACUCCAGUCACUGAAGAAGGUUCUGCAGAGUGAGUUCUGUACGGCCAUCAGAGAGGUGUAUCAGUAUAUGCAUGAAACAAUAACAGUGAAUGGCUGCCCGGAAUACCAAGCGCGAGCCACAGCAAAGGCGACAGUGGCAGCCUUUGCAGCGAGCGAAGGCCACUCCCACCCUCGGGUGGUGGAGCUGCCGAAGACCGAGGAGGGUCUGGGCUUUAACGUGAUGGGAGGCAAAGAGCAGAACUCCCCCAUCUACAUCUCCCGCAUCAUCCCUGGGGGCGUCGCCGAGCGGCACGGGGGGCUGAAGAGAGGCGACCAGCUGCUGUCUGUCAACGGAGUGAGUGUGGAGGGCGAGCACCACGAGAAGGCGGUGGAGCUGCUGAAGGCGGCCAAGGACAGCGUGAAGCUGGUGGUGCGCUACACGCCCAAGGUGCUGGAGGAGAUGGAGGCGCGCUUCGAGAAGCUGCGCACCGCCCGCCGCCGCCAGCAGCAACAGCUGCUCAUCCAGCAGCAGCAGCAGCAGAACCUCUCCGCCCAGCAGAACCACAUGUCGUAGGUUGUUCCAGAAGAAGAAGUAGAGUUUAAAAACCUUCUGCAACAGCAACGGCAUCUCCAAGGGCCCAGUCACGUGACUUGAUCAUCAGGGGGGGACACAAACCCAACUCAACCCAGUGGACUGAACAGUGCUUUUUUCGGCCAAUGAAGACCUUUGCCCUCAUCUCAGUAUACCCUACCGACAGAUAUUCUUGAAAUGACAAAAAACAAACAAAAAAAAACAUCCGUGGCUUGUGUCCUCCAAUGUUAUACACUGGUGCUUUGAGAAAUGCCUGGAGCGACGUGAUAAGCAAGAUAGCACUAUAUGGGUCUGUUUUAGAAUUGUUGCUCCUGAGUUGCCCUCUGAUAGUUCUGAGUUCUUCUGGCCCGUUUAAGAGAAGGUUCUGUCUCGUAGUUUGUGAUAAUUGUAUUUCUUUGUCCUCUAUCUCUUGGUUUUUUGACCCAAUGUGUUGACUCAGUUGAUUUUCUUCUCCUUUGUAUUUUUUGCCACAGCUUUAUACAGUGACAUUUUUAACAAUUCUUCUACUGGUGCUCAUUGUCUGUGUGAAAGAGCAUUGCUUUUAUUAUUUGUGUCAGACGUGUCUUAAUUUGGGUAAGUGUGAACUCUUUUUUACCUUCUAUACUGUAGCAAGAAAUAUUUUGUAUGAGAGAAAAAAAAAACUCUUGUAGAUUUAGCAAUAACACACCUCAGUUUAUUUGACACACUCUUCUGGAGGUUAACAGUUAUGGGGGAAAGUCGUGCUGAAUGACGACAGACUUAAAUGACACUGUAUCUUAUGCACUGUGUGACAUAAGCUUGUUGCAACCGGAAAAAAAGAGGUCAUUUGUACAUCAUGGUCAAUCACAGUGCCAUUGAUAGAGAUUACUGCAUCAUGGAUUGUGUUAUUGAUUGAUUAGGCAACUCGGAGGACAAAUAGUGAACAAUGUUAGCUAUAUCAGUGAUAUUAUGGAUGUCAUUGCUGCAAUUUUGAGAAUGUGACAGAUAUAUUUCCAUAUGGAAACAGUCAUACACUAUGGCUAUUUUAAAUGAAAGAUUCUACUAUUUAAUAGUUUAUGUGAGUAAUUAUGGACAAAUGGAAUGUUAGUAAAUUAUAUAUCUGAAGAGAAGGUAAAUUUAAGGUUAUAUUUAUUGUUAUUUUUGAAUAUUUCUAUUUUAUAGUUUAUUAUGUCUAGAGUUUUAUUCCUCGGUCAAUGUGUCAUCAAGGUACAUGUGAAUUUGUAAAAGAUGCAAAAGGGUAUUCAUAACAUUCAGUUACAUUGGAUUUAACAUAUAUGGAGACAUUCUAUUCAGCCAACUGUCCAAUGCCACAUUCUGACAAUCAUUGUACCAAACCAGGCAUUUCUAUGUGCUUUUUUAUUUUCUUGACAGUAGGGGGCCACUCAACACAUCCUCAUACACACAGCUGUAACAAAUGUUUGCAAAGUACUCUGAUGUAGUGACCAAAUAGCAAAACAAGACACAUAGAUCUGUAUAUGGAACAGUAGCUGACGAGCUAACACUAACUGAAGUAGUAAUGUGUCGGUAUUUUCUGAACAAUAUUCCAGUAGGCAGAUUUUUUUUUUCUUUUUUUUUUUUUUUGUUGACCACUUAGCAACCCGAUAAUGUCUGCAGACUAGUAUCUUUGUGGAGGCCACUGAACCAACUGACUUACCAUGUGCAAUGUGCCACUCUGAUAGAGAGUCCAUAACAAGCUGUGAAAGUGUUCUCUCUCUCCCUCUGUUUAUAUCCGCAGUUAACCCGGACUUGAACUCGUCCCUUUUGUAUGUUUACUCAUUUUCUUAACAAUGACUUGCAUUUUUGAGUCUGGAUAUACUGUAGAUACUUAUUAUAUAGAAAUAUUAAAAAAGACAAAACAAAGCCAAGUCAUAUGCAAUUGUUAUACAUAUUAUAUUUGUAUAAAUAAAUAUAUG